AUGGCCUCCCCACCCCCCUUCUCCGUCGCCGGCAAAACCGCCAUCAUCACCGGCGCCGGCUCGGGCAUAAACUACCACUUCGCGGCCCUCCUCCUCUCGCGCGGCUGCAACGUGCUCCUCGCAGACCUGUCCCUGCUCCCCCCCGCCGCCGCCCUGCUCACCACCUACGCCGCCGGCACACCGCGCGCCGCCUUCCAGCCCACCGACGUCACCGACUGGACGCAGCUCACGCGCAUGUUCGCCGCGGCGCGCACGCACUUCGGCGCGCUGGACAUCGUGGUGCCGGGCGCGGGCGUGUACGAGCCGCCGUGGAGCAAUUUCUGGGUCCCGCCGGGGAGCGCGGGGAGUCGUGAUGCGGACACCGGGGGCCGCUACGCAUCGCUGGACGUGAACCUGGUGCACCCGGUGCGGUGCGCGCAGCUCGCGAUCCGGGAGUUUGUGGCGCAGCACGAGGAGAGCGGUGCGACUGCGGGUGCAAGACCGCCCAAGCGUAUUCUCCUCGUCUCCUCUAUCGCGGGGCAGACCGCGACGCUGCACGCCCCGCUCUAUGUCGCUGCGAAACACGCCCUGAAUGGGUUUAUCCGUACCCUGGCGCCGCUUGAGCCGCGCCUCAAUAUCCGCGUCAACGGCGUCGCGCCCGGGCUCGUGCUCACUCCGCUGUGGACCGAGGCGCCGGAGAAGAUGCAGUUUGUGGGCGAAGCGGACGAGUGGGUGAGCCCCGAAGAGGUGGCGGAGGCUAUGCUGGGGUGUUUGGAGGGGGAAUUGGGAGGGGGAGGGGUGCUGGAGGUGGGGAGGGGGCAGACGAGGGUUGUGGGGCAGUUCAUGGAUCCCGGGCCGUCGGGGAGAGGGCAUACUGUGAGCAGGCUAGAGGAGAUGGAAGGGGAGGUUUGGGGUAAGCUUGAGGCAGGGGGGUGGGGUGGUGCGCGGAGGGACGAGGCAAAGGCGAAGUUGUAG